GGGGCUGCACCAGCAGGAAGCCGCUCCUCGUUGGUUCCAGGACAGGACGGGACUCUCUCCGGGACUCUCCGGGACUCUCCGGGAUCAGUGGACCGUGGUGGACCGUCAUGGACCGGACGGCGGUGGUGAAGGUCGGAGCCGCGGCCAGUGCCAGCGUGUGCGCCCUGUUCGGCGGAGUGGUUCUGGCUCAGUACAUCGUGGCGAAGAAGAAGCGCGCGGGCAAGAAAACCCGGAUCAUAGAGAUGAUGCCUCAGUUUGAGAAGUCGACGGUCCACAUGAGGGACCCUGAGAGGGUGGAGCAGAUCAUCUGUGGCCUCAUCAAAGGAGGAGCGUCCAAACUGCAGAUCAUCACAGACUUCGACAUGACGUUAAGCAAGUUCGCCGUCAACGGCAAACGCUGUCCGACGUGUCACAAUAUCAUCGAUAACUGUAAACUGGUGACGGAUGAUUGCCGACAGAAGCUGCUGCAGCUGAAGAAUAAAUACUACCCCAUCGAGAUCGACCCUCACCUCACCAUGGAGGAGAAGUACCCCUUCAUGGUGGAGUGGUAUUUCAAGUCCCACACGUUACUGGUGGAGCAGCGGUUAGAGAAAGACAAGCUGACAGAGGUGGUGAGAGAGUCUGACGCUGCACUCAGGGAUGGAUACGAGCAGUUCUUCGACCGCCUGCAGCAGCACAGUGUCCCCGUCUUCAUCUUCUCCGCCGGCCUCGGUGACGUCCUGGAAGAAAUCAUCCGCCAGGCCGGAGUCUACCACCCCAACGUGAAGGUCGUCUCCAACUUCAUGGACUUUGACGACAACGGAGUCCUGAAGGGGUUCAAAGGAGAGCUGAUCCACGUCUACAACAAACACGACGGCGCCCUGCGGAACACGGAGUACUUCAAACAGCUGAAGGAAUACCACAACAUCGUCCUGAUGGGAGACUCGCUGGGAGACCUCAGCAUGGCCGACGGCGUCCCCAACGUGGAGAACAUCCUCAAGAUCGGCUUCCUCAACGACAAGGUGGAGGAGCGCCUGGACAAAUAUCUGGACUCUUACGACAUCGUCCUGGUGAAGGACGAGACUCUGGAAGUGCCCAACGCCAUCCUGCAGAAGGUCCUAUAACUCCACCCCCUCCAUUCACUUCUCCACUUCCCCCCCGUCAGCCUGGGGCGUCCGUCUUGACCCCCUCACACCUGGUCCAGAUCAUCUCUGUUUAGCCCCGCCUGGACCAUCCUCUGUGCCCCCCCCCCCUCCCCCCUCAGCCUUUUUAAAAAGACAUCUCCUGAAUGAACUGUUUUAAAGUCCUCACAGCAGCAUCAGCCUGUCUCCGGUGUGUUUUGUUCCUGGAAUCAUUUCCAAAUUGUUUUACUAGUGAGACAAAAACAAACAUCAGCGUCUGUCUCACUGCAGCGUUUUAAUUUGCACAUUAUUGUUGGCAUUGUGAUCCAUAAGAUUAUUGAUAUGAUAAAGUUUUCUAUCAUAAAGCAGGUGCACACAAACAGACAGUGUUUUCUCAGAGAUACUAAAUUUAAAUCAGCAAUAGAAACACCACCGACAGAGUAUUUAAGACGGCCGCAGAAGCUCUCAGGAUUGUUAACGUGAUGCACAUGAGCGGGUAAAACGCACUUUAAGUUCUGCACACGGGAGGAAGCAGCCGGUGCACGAACACUCGUGGCAGUAGCUCUAAUUCGUGGAUGUAAGGAGACAUUCUUGCACAUUGAUCUGACCCUGAUGUGUUCAGACACUCAGGAGAAACAGCACGUUCUGCACAACAGAGUCCCUCGCCUCUGGAUUUCUCACUGUCACAGUAAAGCUCCAGUUUAACGUCUAACAGUGACCUCUAGUGGUCAGGAGGGGGAAUUAAAUCAGUAAAGACACCUUGAACCAAAGUGAAGAGUUGAAGUGUUGCAUACAAACACUGCUGUUUGUGGCUCAUAAACCCCAGAAUCAGACCUCUCUAAUGAAACCUGGUGACUCCUGCGUCCUGAGCUCUACCUCUCUAAUAUUCACUCGUUUAUUGUUCCGGGCAGUGUUUCGUUUUCUCUGUUCGUCUGAACGUGUCGUGCUGAAUGUUCUCUUUUGUGUUUUUAAAUGUGCUGCUAUCACCUGCAUGUUGCCUUUUCAUAUUAAGUUUAUGUCCAAGAGAUGGAUGACUAAAGUAUAUGUAUAUCAGUAGACUGGGGGGGGGGGUAAUGUCAUGUUGUAUAUGUGGGUGUUAUAUAUGCAGAGAUGUAUAUGUCGUUUCACUGCGUCUGGAGAGGAGAUCUCCAGAGGUGUAGACCAGGAUUAUAGACCAGUGUGUUGUAUUUUUAUAAGCAGAUGGCUUUCUUUUUUCUUUGAUGCUGUGAUUUCAAAAUGCAAUAAAAUGUCUUUUUUGUGAGCCGUGACUGGAUCACAGACUGGACCCAAAAUCAA